UGAACUGUCAGUUACGUUGUCAAAUUUUAGGUUAUACGUCUGUGAUUGUUUUGUUGAGUUUUCAAUUUUUCAAAACACUGUGAAUUGUAUUUGCCGGUUUUCUUGAAAAUAAUCAAGAUUUCCUCGCUAAUAGGAGAAAGAAUGAAGGAAACUACUGGAGAAGUCGAUUCAAAGAAUGUGGUGAAGAAUAGAGAGUUGCUGUAUCGUAUGAUCAUAAGCCAACUCUACUAUGAUGGAUUCCAAACCAUCGCUGCAACACUGUCAGCAGCCGUCCAUGCUGAUCCACCAUGCCCGCCGAGUGACAGGCUUCUUAAUCUGAUGAUGGUGGGUCUUCAGCAUGAGCCUGAUAGGAAGGAUCGCCUCGCUGCAUCCAGUGGGGCUGAGCAUCUGCUCGGAACUACUGGUUUUGAUUUGGAGUUUGAAAUGGACGCAUCAUCGCUUGCCCCUGAGCCGGCGACGUAUGAGACUGCGUACGUGACGUCGCACAAGAUGUCGUGUCGUGCGGGUGCUUUUAGUUCUUGCGGACAACUGGUUGCUACUGGCAGUGUCGAUGCUAGUAUUAAGAUAUUGGAUGUAGAGCGUAUGUUGGCAAAGUCAGCACCAGAAGAGGUAGAUCCAGGAAGGGAACAACAGGGGCAUCCAGUUAUCAGGACACUAUAUGAUCAUACCGAUGAGAUCACCGCACUGGACUUCCAUCCCCGGGAACAGAUCCUAGUGUCAGCGUCUCGAGAUUGUUGUAUCAAGCUAUUCGACAUUACUAAGGCAUCUGCUAAGAAGGCGUAUAAAUCGAUCACAGACGCAGAACAGGUGCUAUGUGUAGCAUUCCAUCCCUUGGGCGACCACAUCAUAGCGUCCACGACGCACCCGGUGAUCCGGCUGUAUGACGUCACCACCAGCCAGUGCUUCGUGUGCCCCAUACCGUCACACCACCACAAGAAACAGGUCAACUCUAUCAAAUUUUCACCAAACGGCAAGUACUUUGCAAGCGGCAGCGCAGACGGCUCGAUCAAACUUUGGGACACGGUCUCCAACAGAUGUUUCAACACUUUCGUGAACGCUCACGAUGGAUCAGAAGUUUGCUCUGUUGCCUUUACUAGGAACAGCAAGUAUUUGUUAACUUCUGGAAUGGAUUCGUCUAUCAAGCUUUGGGAACUGGCGAGCAGUAGAUGUCUUAUUCAGUACACGGGAGCUGGAACUACGGGUAGACAAGAAAAUCAUGCGCAAGCGAUAUUCAACCACACGGAAGAUUACGUAAUGUUCCCUGAUGAAGCUACCACGUCUCUGUGCACGUGGCAUUCCCGCAGCGCCAGUCGAUGUCAGCUCAUGUCUUUGGGGCAUAAUGGGGCAGUCAGACACAUAGUUCACUCGGGCACGGCGCCAGCUUUCCUAACAUGCAGCGAUGAUUACCGCGCAAGAUUCUGGUAUAGACGUAACACGCAUUAAAACAAAAAAUACUUUACAUAAAAUAAAUCACUAAUUUUAAGUACAGUGAAAUUUGAAUAUGUAUUUCUGUAAGAGUAUCUGUCAUUGUGCCUGUUUGUCCCAUGAUUAGGGCACUCUCGGAAUAUUUUCCCCAUGGGUAUAUUGGGAAUACAUAUGUUGUGUACCAUGAUUGGGGCAUUUUUGGAAUAUUUUCCCCAUGGGGGGUAUAUUGAGACUAUGUUGCGUACCAUUAGGCAUUUUCGGAUUGUUGCUCUACAUUGUGUAAUUUGUAUGUGUCAAUGAAUAAGUGUGAAUUGAUUUAUU